CCACCCCCCACGAAAUGACUCUUUGGCCAGGAAGGACAUCCGUGAACGUCUCCACCCUGACUUUCUUAGCGUUACUCGCUACUAGCACAAAGGGCGUCAGGGUAUCCGAAAUCCGGGUGCCAGCCCUGGUGGUGUCUGGAACAACGGUACAGCUUUCCUGCAACUACGAACAGCGCAGAGACCGGCCGGAUCCGCUCUACUCCGUGAAGUGGUAUAGGGGAACAGAGCACUUCUACGAGUACAUACCGAAGAACGACCCUCCGGACCGAGUUUACCCUCAGCCUUAUAUCAAUGUCGAUAAACGACGGAGCAACAUCACUUCGGUAGUGCUGACGGGGCUGAAGAAGGAGUCCUCGGGCACGUACCGCUGUGAAGUCAUGGGAGACCGUCCCCACUUCGAAACAGAUGACGACGGCCAGAACAUGACUGUGUUAGAAAUACCAGUGUGGGGACCAGCGAUCCAGGGACUAACGCCCGGAAGCCGAGUCCUCCCAGGGGACAUGGUGGAAGCCCGCUGUUUGGUCGAAGCGUCCGAUCCUCAAGUCGAUAUCUCCUGGCUUUUGAACAGCCAAGAAAUGCCCUCCCAUGCCCGUGUGACGCUCAUAUCUGAGGGCAACAUGUAUGGCGAAAACAUACAGGCUUCCGAAUUGAAGUUUGAGGCGACCGAGGAGUCCUUCAGGAGAGGAGCCCUGACCCUUACUUGUGAAGCUAAACUCUCCGAUGUCUUCCACAAGUCAACAAACGUCACCUUGAUUCACGCGCUGCAGCCACAGCCUGCAGAAUUUGGUUGGUUUUCGAAAGGAUCCUCUUCGGCCACUUCUAUAAAGUUCAUGCCGGCAGUCAUGUUCCUGCUACACGUAUCACUGUUAUAAUAAUUAUAGGUGUUGUUCUGCUAUUUUUUUUUUUCUUCUUUUUUUUUUCUAUACGUCUGCCUGGAAGGUCUACCCAGAGACUGACUUUAGUCUAACGCUGUAUAGUCUUACGCUGUAUGUAGUAGUCUGCCUCCAGUCGGGUAAACUUUUUAGACACUUCGGGUAUUUCAUUUUUCUUUUAAAAAAAAGAUGUCUCGAAUUAUUUAUAGUAAGCCGCGCCCUUCUGUUAUUCUCCUGUCGGCUUGGUCUGCUAGGCUGGUGCUGGUGAGUUUCCAUUUUCUAUAUAGGUGUCACUCGAGCACGUUUUCUAUAGAGGAGGCGUCACACGAACACGUUUUCUAUAGAGGCGUCAUACGAACACGUUUUCUAUAGAGGCGUCAUACGAACACAUUUCCUAUAGAAAUGUUGUAACACGAACACGUUUACAAUAGAAAUGGUGUCACACUAACACGUUUUCGAUAGAGAUGGUGUUAUACAAACACCUUUUCCAUAAUGGAGGUGUUCAACGAACAUGUUUUCUGUAAAGGAGGUGUCAUGCGAACACAUUUUCUAUAAAGAUGGUGUCACACGAACAUGUUUUCAAUAGAGAUGGUGUUAUACAAACGCCUUUUCCAUAAUGGAGGUGUCACACGAACAUGUUUUCCACGUAGAUAGAUGUUGGUAAAG